AUGUUGUCGAGGGUUUCUUUGAACCUUUCAAGAAGAAUCAUUGUCUCCACGGCGCAAAUGAACAAAUUGUCUUUGCGUAAAGUCAACGUGGCACGGAUCCAUUCAUCGAUUAAGAAUUCUCCAAAUUCAGAAUCUCCCCGCUGCUUUUCCUCAACCUCGCGAAAGUAUAGUGCAAUCGCACCAUUAGACACUUUUCCGCGUAGGCACAAUGGUUCUUCUGAGGCUGAAAUCAAAGAAAUGCUCAAAGUCGUUGGUGUUAAAGACAUGGAAGAGUUGGUAUCAAAGACAAUUCCUGCUAGCAUUCGUUCCACAAAGCCUCUCUCCUUGGAAAAGGGGCUUACAGAAAGCGAGUUGUUAAAACGGCUAAAAAGCAUCGCAUCAGAAAACAAAAUUUACAAAUCAUAUAUAGGCAUGGGGUAUACAGGCACGAUCGUGCCAACAGUCAUAUUAAGAAAUAUCUUGGAAUCUCCCGGAUGGUAUACACAAGUAAGCGAAUUACCAUUUUUAAAUGGACUAUGUAACCAGAAAGAACUUUUACGUAAAAGAAGUGACUUUCAUUGGUUCGUAUAUACUCCAUACCAACCAGAAAUUUCUCAAGGUCGCCUGGAGUCAUUACUGAACUUUCAAACUAUGGUCACCGAUAUUACGGGCAUGGAAAUCGCAAAUGCUUCUCUUCUCGAUGAAGGAACGGCGGCUGCGGAGGCUAUGAUAAUGACCUUUCAGGCUGGAAAACAAAAACGACCCGUGUUUUUUGUAGAUGAAAAAUGUCAUCCUCAGACCAUCGCUUGCCUGAAAACGCGUGCAGAAUGUUUAGGCAUUCAUAUUGUCGUUGGUGACGCGUUAAAAUAUGAUUUUGAAUCGAAUGGCAAAGAUUUAUGCGGUGUUUUAGUCCAAUAUCCUUCAACCGAUGGUUCAAUACACGACUACUCUUCUCUCGCAAGCAAAAUUCAUUCCUUAGGUGGACAAGUGGUCUGCGCUACCGAUUUAUUGGCACUCACUUUGCUUACUCCCCCUGGCGAAUGGGGUGCAGAUAUCGCGGUUGGAAACAGUCAACGUUUCGGUGUUCCGCUAGGGUACGGGGGCCCUCACGCUGCCUUUUUCGCUUGCAAAGAUGAUCACAAGCGUAAGAUUCCUGGCCGAUUAAUUGGUGUAGCGCGUGAUUCUUUAGGGAAUAAGGCAUAUCGAUUAUCGUUACAGACCAGGGAACAACAUAUCAGGAGAGAAAAAGCCACGAGCAAUAUAUGUACAGCUCAAGCAUUGCUGGCAAACAUGGCAGCAAUGUAUGGAGUUUAUCAUGGACCUGAGGGUGUUAAGGCCAUCGCUGGUCGCGUCCACGAUCUAACAAAAAUUCUAGCGGCGGAGGUCAAACAUCUUGGGCAUAAGAUCAAAACAGAACAUUUUUUUGACACCCUGAAUAUUCACGUUGACAAUUCCGAACAUAUUUACAAAAAGGCAAUAUCUGCUUGUAUCAAUCUACGAAAAGUCGAUGAGACCACCAUUGGCGUUACGUUAGACGAGACUGUAACAGAGGAGGACUUAAAAAAUCUCAUUCGAGUCUUUGCCAAAGAUCCAAGUUACAAGCCCGAUUUUUCGAGAGUUCAUGAGCCUGUCAUUCCAGAUAAAUUCAUUCGUACCUCACUAUUUAUGCAACAUCCCACGUUUAACUCGUAUCAUUCAGAGACAGAAAUGUUGAGAUACAUUUAUCACCUACAAUCCAAAGAUCUCUCGUUAGCCCAUUCAAUGAUCUCUUUAGGCAGUUGCACUAUGAAACUUAACGCCACAACAGAAAUGAUUCCGGUUACAUGGCCCGAAUUUUCCGAAAUUCAUCCAUUUGCACCGUCCGAUCAAGCCAAAGGAUAUAAAUUAUUAAUUCAGGAGCUUGAACGUGAUCUUGCCGAGAUUACUGGGUUUGAUGGUGUUUCUUUGCAACCCAAUUCAGGUGCCCAAGGAGAAUAUACUGGACUUCGCGUGAUUGAUGCUUAUCACAAAUCUCGCGGAGAUAACAAGCGAAAUGUUUGUCUCAUACCUGAUUCGGCCCAUGGUACAAAUCCAGCUUCAGCAGUGAUGGCCGGCAUGUCUGUUGUUCAGAUUGAAUGUAAAAAUGGUGUUCUUAAUAUGAAGGACCUUGAGAUGAAAGCAGAGGCGCAUAAAGACCAACUUGCGGCAUUCAUGGUUACAUAUCCAUCGACAUAUGGUGUGUUUGAAGACGGAGUGGUUCAAGCUUGUGAAAUAAUUCACAAGUAUGGUGGACAAGUUUACAUGGAUGGUGCUAACUUAAAUGCACAGAUUGGAUUAUGUGAUCCAGCUACCAUUGGUGCAGAU